UUCAUUGUAAGAAUUUAAGUCGUGGGAACGGUCGUCGAAAUUUUUUAACUUCGUAUUACAAAAUGCAUUUCUUUGAUUAAUUACAGUGUUCAUUUAACUUCACAAUGCAUCAAUUUAAAGAUACAGGAGUAAAUUUAGGUGUGUUUUAAUAAUCUAUUUCAAAACACAGUGUGACGAUGUAAAGCAGGAAGUAAAUUAAAUAAUUGUACAGCAUGGCAGACGCAAGAAGUACGGCGGAUGAAAACGUAUAUUUUUACAAUGUAAAUCGGGCACUGACUGACUGUGGUAGGAGAGCGUUAUUGCAUCUUUUACAAAAAAGAGUCCGAGAACUCACACCAAAAGACCAUAAGUCUCAACCAUGGUCACUAGAUGAGUUUUUGAUUCAUAACAUGGCUGUUAUCUCGUUAUCUAUUGGUAGAAAUAUAAUACAUAAAGAUAUCCUGUAUCCAUUAAGGGGAAACACAGAUUUGACCAAGUGGGAUAGUCCCCUUUGUGUCCGUGUACUUCUAACUGCAUGCGAACUAGACGAAAAUGACGGUCUGCACAGACAGCUCAAACAUGCCAUCAAUAACCUUAUGGACUUGAGGAAUAGAAUGGCACAUAAGGGAACUCCUAAAUUGGACGAGGCAAUUUACCGCUCGUAUUUAGGCCGCAUAGUCGAUGCUGUUCAACAAAUAUGUGCCUACAUGCAAGAGCCAGGAUUGAAAGAAUCUCUUCUUAAAGAACUUGCUAAGUACAAUGAGAAGAAAGCUCGCGAAUUAGUUGACAUAACAAAUGAGGAUGACGCAACGAUUGAAAGCGCUUUACAUCAAUUGGAGAUGCUCUGUCGUCAAAGAGGCGUGUCGAUUAAUAUACCAGUUCUCGAUUGCGUGGCCCUGUUUCGGAACUACAAUACAAAUGACCACCAAAGAAUAACGGACUUUCUAAUACAGACAAUUAUAGAGAAAUUUGAGCAUGGUACAGACAUGUCAGAUGAACGGAGUUCAAAGGAGCUGACAGAUCUCCUUAUGCCCAUUGUUCGUAAAUUGCAUAAAGUUGCAGAAAAAAGACAGAUUUUAGCAGGAACCGAUGACCCAGACUGUUUUGGAACGAAUGUGUAUGACGUUGAUAUAUGUCUACGAGGCUACCAGCAUGAAUUAGCAAAAGAGGGGUGUGAGGGCAAAAACGUUAUAGUGAUGGCUCCACUAAACUCGGGAAAAACCAGAGUAGCAUGCAAAAUUAUGCAGGUUCAUCUAAGACAGAAAAGGGCAAAAAGAAAGAAGGAUCGUAUUUUAUUGCUUGUGGAAAACGAAGCGCUAGCCAUUCAGCUAGGAAACGUGUCUGAAAAACUACUACCUAGUUACAGGACAAAGGUGUUCAGUGGAAACGUCCACAGGUUGAAAUUGCAUAUGCUCUGGGAUUUCCUUGAAUUAAGAGACAUCUUCGUUGUAACAGCACAAAUAUUUCUAAAUGCUUUAAGAGCAAAGAAAAUUGAAAGCGUCGGCGACUUUUCUCUGAUAGUUGUAGACGAAUGUCAUCACUCAAAUAAACAACACAUGUAUAAUGAAAUAAUGAGCCGAUAUAUUGACCUAAAACUGCGGGAAAACGUUGAUUCUUCACAACUACCCCAAAUUGUUGGACUUACUUCAACGUUGGGAGUUGGUGGAAGGACAGAAUGGGACCAAGGUCUAAAUCACAUGAAGAAACUAAUGGCUAACAUGGACGCAAAAUUCCUCUGUACUGUGAAAACGCCACUUACAAUUGAGGAAUUGAAAAUAUUUGUGAACUCACCGGUUGAAGAACUUUUGCCUGUACCAGGAAGAGAUGUCGAUUGGUUUGAAAAUGCUGUCGGAGAAAUAGCUAAACGCAUCGACGCCCAUAUGUCUCAGCAUCAAAUUGUACUUAGUGCUUCUCCGGAGGAUGAAUUCAUACAGACAAAAUGCAGAUUGCCAGCAACAUUUGGAACUGAAAAAUACAUGCAAUGGAAUGCUGAGUUCGCGAAAAAUAUCGCCCAAGUCCGAUCAAAAGACAUCCGCCGAGUGUUAAAUCCUUGUCGGUUACAUUUAGAGGCUUACAACGAAGCAUUAAUGAUGCAUUGCAAUUCAAAGACAAGGUAUGCAUUUGCCGUUCUUGAAGAGUUUAUGGAAGACUUCAGAGUAGUUCCAGCAAAACAUCCUACAGACGCUUUCAUCAUGGCUCUUUAUGAUGAUAUACUGCCUGUACCAGGAAGAGAUGUCGACUGGUUUACAAAUGAUGUCAAGGAUAUAGCUAAACGCAUCGACGACCAUAUGGCAAAGCAUCAAACUGUACGUAGUGCUCCUCCGGAGGAUGAAUUCAUACAGACGAAAUGCAGAUUGCCAGAAACAUUUGGAAUGGAAAAAUACCUGCAAUGGAGUGCUGAGUUCGUGAAACAUAUUGCCAAAGUCCGAUCAAAAGACAUCCGUCGAGUGCUAAAUCCUUGUCGGUUACAUUUAGAGGCUUACAACAAAGCAUUAAUGAUUCAUCGUGAUGCAACGAAAAGAGAUGCAUUUGUCAGUCUUGAAGAUUUUAUGGAAGACUUCAGGGUUGUUCCAGCAGAACAUCCUACAGACGCCUUCAUCAUGGCUCUUUAUGAUGAACUUCGGGAAAUAUCAUUCAACACCGAACCAGACAAUCCCAAACUACUCAAACUUAAGGAAAUACUCACUGGAGUACUUUGCAAUGAACAGAAUGCCCGAGGAAUUAUAUUUGUUCGAACAGGGGAAUUGGCCCAAGCGUUGGUUAGAUGGGUGAACGAAACAGAUAGUUUGAACGUUUUAAAUGCUUCCGAGAUCGCAGAAGAUAGUUUGAACGUUCUACAUGCUGCCGAAUUCGUGGGGCAAAGUGAUUCCGCUUCAGUAGAAGAAAACAAUCGACAAGUUGUGUUUGUUGUUCAUGCAACUGCAGAUCAAGACUAUGCUGAGUCUCUUUGCAAAUACUUGGAAGAUAAAGGCUAUGUGUGCAUUCAGUCAGGUAAUGAUUAUCAACCACUGGAUAGUCAUCAGAAGAGCCUCAAGGACACCAUUACGAUUACCAACAAAACACUGUUCAUAGUCACUGCAAAUUCUUUACAACAGUUCACAGAAAUCAUACGAAAUGUUCUUUCAAGAUCUUCUGGAUUGAAGGAUGAUAAAAUAUCAAUGUUGUUGAGUUUCAUGACUGGUUCUGAAGCAACACAGUUUUGCAAUGAAAUAUGUGAACUAAUUCCUUUUGGAAUUUUGCAAAUAGACGUCACAACAGUGUUUGAUAUACGAAGAUUUCAAGCACUUGUCUUCAAAAGAGGAGUGACAAAGAGUGGACAGAAAGAUGUGUUGGAGUACUUCAAGAAUGGACAACACCGACUUCUUAUUGCGACGUCUGUAGCCGAGGAAGGUCUUGAUAUUUCUAAAUGCAAUCUAGUGAUUUGUUACGAGCAUGCUACUAAUGAAAUCGUUUAACUCCAAUC